UCUCUGAAAUCAUGCAUGCACAGAGGACAGAGUGAUUCUGGAGACAGUACAGAUUCAUAUACGAGAUACAGAGGACUGAAAAUAGCUACUGUACAUUACAGCUCUCUCUCUCUACAUCUCUCCCCCUCUCCUCUUUCUCUCCAUCCCCCUCUUCCUCCCUUUCCCUCCCAGGUGGAGAUAGAGAGGGGGAAGACGUUACACAUCAAGGCCCUAGCGGUGGGAGACCUGAAUAAGACAGGUCAGAGAGGAGUGUUCUUUGAGCUCAACGGUCAGCUGCGGUCAGUCCUGGUCAAAGAUAAUGUGGCCAUGAAGGAGAUGAAGUUCCAUCCUAAGGCUCUGAAGUCCGUCCGGGGUCAGGUGGGGGCACCCAUGCCCGGAAAGGUCAUCGAGGUCAAAGUUGAGCCUGGUCAGAAGGUGGAGAAGGGUCAGCCACUUUGUGUUCUGUCAGCUAUGAAGAUGGAGACUGUGGUCAACUCUCCGCUGACUGGGGUUGUCACGGUGAUCCAUGUGAACACUGAUACUAGUCUGGAAGGAGAUGACUUGAUAUUGGAAAUCACUGCAGAGGAGUAGAGAGGAGGAGAGAGGAGCAGAGAGGAGCAGAGAGGAGUGGAGAGGAGUGGAGAGGAGUA